CGCCCACUCGUCCUCUCGGCUCUCGUCCAGACGCCCAGUCGCCCUAGCCAUAGGCCCCUAGCCCUAGCACAGCAGCACAACAGCGCCGCCCCCCGCCCCCGGUGGCCCGGCCCCCCGCCCGUUCACCCGCGCAACCGCGCCGCGCGACCCGCGUCCGGCGGCCGCCCAUCGCCAGUGCCGUGACACGUCACUCCGACGCCGUCGCCACCAAAUCUCCUGGCAACGCCUCACGUCUUCUAGUUCUAAUUCCAGCCUCACUGCUGCCAUCACCUCCGCCUGCUGUGUGUCUUCCACCUCGCGCUGCCAAAGCCGACAAACCCUAGCCCAACUCUCCCUACCCUCGCCCAUCCCACUCCUUUCGUCCGAUUCGUGGAGGCGACGGAGGGGCUAAGGCAUGACGACCGAUGGGCAGCUCAGGGAGUGGGUCUCCGACAAGCUCAUGAGCCUCUUGGGCUACUCCAAGAGCGUCGUCGUUCAGUACGUCAUCAGGCUUGCGAAGGAGUGCUCUUCACCCGGUGACCUCGUGGGCAAGCUUGUUGAGUUUGGGUUCAGCUCGUCUGCGGAGACCCGCACCUUCGCGUCGGAUGUCUACGCCAAGGUUCCCCGCAGGGCCAGCGGCAUCAGUAAUUACCAGAAACAGGAGAGGGAGGCGGCAAAGCUUGUCCAGAAACAGAGUACUUACAAGCUGUUGGUCAACGAGGAUGACAAUACUGACAACCAGACACUGGCAAGUCAAAAGACCUCAACAAAUCCAUCAUCUAAGAGUCGGAAGCAUUUCAGGAGGAAAGCAGAUCAAGACAGUGAUGGUGAUGAAGUAGUGGCAACAGAUUCUGGAAGGAAUGUCCGUCGACGAACAGAAGAGGAGGAUGAAGAAGGUGGCAUCGGCAGUUCUGAUGAAGAGAAAGAAAUGAUUAGAGAUCAGCAGGAAAAGGCUCAGCUAGAAAGAAACAUGAGAGAAAGAGAUGCAGCUAACACAAGGAAGUUGAUGGAGCGACAAUUAUCUAAGGAAGAACAAGAGGAACUUACUAGGAAAUCUCAAGCAAUGGACAACAAUGACACAUCUGAUCUGAGAAAAUUCUCAAGGCAAGCGUACCUGCAAAAGCGACGAGACAAAAAAAUUGAGGAAAUUCGUGAUGAAAUUCUGGACCACCAGUACAUUUUUCAGGAUCUGAAACUAACAGAGGCAGAAGAAAAGGAGUUGAGAUACAAGAUGAAGAUAUAUGAUCUUGUCAAGGAACAUGUUGAGACUCCUGAUGAUGUUGGUGCGUACAAAAUGCCUGAAGCUUAUGACAUGGGCGAAAAUGUCAAUCAAGAGAAGAGAUUCGCUGUGGCCAUGCAACGGUACAAAGAUCCUAAGGCCAAUGAUAAAAUGAACCCUUUUGCUGAACAGGAAGCAUGGGAAGAACACCAAAUAGGAAAAUCGAAACUGCAAUUUGGAUCCAAAGAUAAGAAGCCGUCUUCAGAUGAGUAUCAGUAUGUAUUUGAAGAUACGAUUGAUUUUGUUAAAUCAUCAGUCAUAGAAGGAACCCAGCCUGAAGAUGAUUCAGAUAAAGAAGACGUUGAAGCAAAAGAUAUUUUGAAAAGGGAGCUCCAGGAUGAGCGAAAGACACUUCCAAUUUUCAAAUUUAGGGAUGAACUGCUUAAGGCUGUAGAAGAGUAUCAGGUUAUCGUCAUAGUGGGUGAGACUGGGUCCGGUAAAACAACACAAAUACCUCAGUUCCUUCAUGAGUCUGGUUAUACUGCAAAAGGAAAGGUUGCAUGUACUCAACCUCGUCGAGUAGCUGCCAUGAGUGUUGCAGCAAGAGUAUCUCAAGAAAUGGGUGUUAAACUUGGGCAUGAGGUUGGUUACUCUAUAAGAUUUGAGGAUUGCACUUCAGAUAAAACAAUUAUUAAGUACAUGACUGAUGGAAUGCUUCUAAGGGAGUUCCUUGGUGAACCAGAUUUGGCUAGCUAUAGUGUUGUCAUGGUUGACGAGGCUCAUGAGCGUACCCUCUCCACUGAUAUCUUAUUUGGUCUAGUGAAGGAUAUUUCUCGUUUUCGACCAGAUCUGAAGUUGCUCAUUUCUAGUGCCACCCUUGAUGCAGAAAAAUUUAGUGACUACUUUGAUUCAGCUCCUAUUUUCAAGAUACCUGGGAGGCGAUACCCGGUUGAAAUUCAUUAUACAAAAGCUCCAGAGGCUGAUUACAUAGAUGCAGCAAUUGUCACUGUUUUACAGAUACAUGUUACCCAAUCCCCUGGCGAUAUCCUGGUGUUUCUCACAGGUCAGGAGGAAAUUGAAACAGUUGAUGAAAUCCUUAAACACAGAACAAGGGGCUUAGGCACCAAAAUCUCAGAAUUAAUUAUAUGUCCUAUUUAUGCAAAUCUGCCUACCGAGCUUCAAGCUAAGAUAUUUGAGCCAACCCCUGAGGGUGCCCGUAAGGUGGUUCUGGCCACUAAUAUAGCAGAGACUUCAUUAACCAUUGAUGGUAUAAAAUAUGUUAUUGAUCCUGGCUUUUGUAAGAUCAAAUCAUACAAUCCCCGCACAGGAAUGGAAUCUCUACUUAUUAAUCCCAUCUCAAAAGCUUCGGCAAACCAGAGGGCUGGAAGAUCUGGACGCACUGGACCCGGAAAAUGCUUCCGUCUAUACACGAGUUACAACUACAUGCACGACCUAGAAGAUAAUACUGUUCCAGAGAUCCAACGAACCAAUCUUGCGAAUGUUGUGCUUACACUCAAGAGUCUUGGUAUUCAUGACUUGGUUAACUUUGACUUCAUGGAUCCACCCCCAUCAGAAGCCCUAUUAAGGGCUCUGGAACAACUUUUUGCUCUCAGUGCACUCAACAGUCGUGGGGAGUUGACCAAGACUGGAAGAAGAAUGGCAGAAUUUCCACUGGAUCCUAUGUUGUCGAAGAUGAUAGUUGCUUCAGAGAAAUAUAAGUGUUCUGAUGAGAUCAUCUCCAUUGCCUCCAUGUUGUCAAUUGGCAAUUCUAUAUUUUAUCGUCCGAAGGACAAACAAGUUCAUGCAGAUAAUGCAAGGUUGAAUUUCCACACUGGCAAUGUUGGGGACCAUAUAGCACUACUAAAUGUGUAUAAUUCUUGGAAAGAAACAGACUAUUCAACUCAAUGGUGUUAUGAAAACUAUAUACAGGUGCGCAGCAUGAAGAGGGCAAGAGAUAUUCGGGAUCAACUAGAUGGGCUUAUGGAAAGAGUUGAGAUUGAGAUUUGCUCAAACACCAGUGAUUUAGAUGCUAUUAAAAAAGCUAUAACAUCAGGUUUCUUCCAUCACUCUGCACGGUUGCAGAGGGAUGGUACAUAUAAGACUGUCAAGAACCCUCAGACCGUGCAUAUCCAUCCUAGUUCAGGAUUAGCGGAGGUACGUCCGCGGUGGGUAGUGUACCACGAAUUAGUUCUCACGACGAAAGAGUUUAUGCGCCAGGUGACGGAACUGAAGCCUGAAUGGCUGGUAGAGAUAGCACCACAUUAUUACCAACUAAAGGAUGUGGAAGACUCCGGAACAAAGAAGUUACCGAAGGGCCAAGGACGAGCUGCAUUGUAGCUAUGAUACAUGAAGUUUCGAUGGAUGUAUUGUGUUGGACUCAUCGUAGGAGCAUCAUAGGAUGUAUAUAACUCCUUAUAUCACGAACAGGAUACAAGAUGUCACUUUUCAUUGCCCUGCUUAGGUUUCAGAGUAAGCUGAUUGUGAAUGUAAAUUGUGACACGAAGACAUGCAUGUGAACCGCUAUAAUUGUC